CACGAAUCUCAGUGAAGUCCAGAAGAUCGAUCUCAGCAUUUUCAGGAACUCAUUCACCAUCAUCAAUCUCUCGAGAUGAGUUCCAAUCGAUUGGACUCAUACCCCAUGUCCAAACUGCAAUUUGAGGGAGAAGAUGAAGAAGAACUGGGCAAGUUGGCCGUUCGCUUGGCCAACGGCAUCAUUCUUCCGAUGGCUUUGAAAUCGGCUCUGGAGCUUAACCUCAUCGAAAUUUUGGCUGGAGCCGGCGACGGCGCGUUCCUCUCUCCCUCCGAGAUCGCGGCUCAACUUCCAGCCCGGAACCCCGAUGCGCCGGUCCUGCUGGACCGGGUUCUGCGGCUUCUCGCCAGCUACUCUAUUCUCAGGUGCUCUCUGCGGACCCUUGACAAUGGUGAAGUGGAGAGAUUGUACGGCGUUGGGCCCAUUUGCAAGUUCCUCGCCCGGAAUCCAGACGGUGGGUCGAUUGGUCCUCUGUUUCUGUUGCACCACGACAAGGUCUUCAUGGAGAGCUGGUACCACUUGAAUGAUGCUAUACUGGAAGGAGGAAUUCCCUUCAAUCGGGCGUACGGAAUGACAGCGUUUGAAUACUCAGGAACAGAUCAAAGAUUCAACAGGGUGUUCAAUGAGGCAAUGUCAAAUCAUACUACGUUGAUAAUGAAGAGGAUUCUCCAGAUUUACAAAGGGUUUGAAGGCCUCAAAGUGUUGGUUGAUGUGGGAGGUGGUAUUGGGGUCACUCUCAGAAUCAUCACUUCCGAGUAUCCUCAGAUUAAGGGCAUCAAUUAUGAUCUGCCUCAUGUUUUAGCAGACGCCCCCUCUUAUCCUGGUGUGGAGCAUGUUGGGGGAGAUAUGUUUGAGAGUGUUCCCAAAGGAGACGCCAUUUUUAUGAAGUGGAUUCUUCAUGACUGGAGUGAUGAGCACUGUCUGAAGCUUCUCACCAACUGCUUUGAAGCUCUCCCUGAUAACGGGAAGGUGAUCAUCGUGGAAUCCAUUCUUCACGUGGCUCCAGAGAACACAGUCUCAGCCAACAUUCCUUUCGAGCAAGAUCUACUCAUGCUGGCUCAAAACCCUGGAGGAAAAGAAAGGACCCAGAAGGAGUAUGAGACCUUGGCCAUAAAAUCAGGAUUUUCUUGCUGCAAGGUCAUCUGCAGUGUUUACAACAGUUGGGUUAUGGAGUUCCACAAGACAGCACAUCCAUAGCUUUUCAUGGCCGUACGCUUGUUCUUUUGUUUGUUCGGUCUUUUUCUUCCCAGGGAGUGUGCUUGGUCAAACCUAAUGUUUAACGUUUCAUGCCUUAAAAUAAAAAGUUUAAAUUAAUUCAUGCAGUCAUUUUUAAUUUUAA